AUGGCUGAAAUAAAUGAAUAUCAAAGUGAGGAAGAAGAAUUAGAACCUGAAAUUGAAAAUAACGAAGAAAACGAUAAAACUAACCCUAAAAAUAAAAAUGAUAAAAAUCCUGAAACUACAUUAAGUGAUGAUGAUGAUGAUGGGGAAGAGAAGGUAGAAGGGGAAAAUUCCGAUGAAGAACUAGCUUAUUAUGCUGAUGAGGAUGAUAAUGAUGAUGAUGAUGAUGAAGAAAUAAAUAAUGAAGCAUCGGCUUUAUUUUUAAAACAAAUUUGGGAUGCUCAUUGUAUGACAAUUCAAAAACAGAAACAAUCUAAAUUUCUACCUGCUACCAAAAAAUUCUUAGCUGCUGGUUUUACUCAAAAAGAAAAAAUGCUUAAUAAUAACAAGCAAUUAAUUUCACAUUUGGUAUUUUUAUGUAAAAAUAUAGCCACGGGUAAAAUACCUUUAAAUAUAUCACCGUGUGAAAAAGCUUUAUUUAUGCACAUUUCUGAUAAGUCCACACACAAGGCAGACGUGCGUUUACGUUUGUUGGAGGAAUUUUCAGUACAAUAUUAUUGCAAACUUGCUAUUAAACAAAUAGAAAAAUCUCGCGAUGGGGGACGAUGUGAAACGUUUGAUGUUGAUAGACACCGAAAAAUACAACACGAUGAUCAAAAACCUAGAUCGACUGGUCGCAAACCGACAAAUUCUAGACGAGGCAAAACAAACAACCGCGGAAGGGGAACUCAUUGAAGGACAUGCUAAUAUGACAGCCAGUGUUGCAAAAAAACAACCCCAUGCUACAGAUGACAUUAUUAAUUAUUCAAAAAAAAGACACAAUUAUCGAAAAGAACUUGCUGAGAAAGCCGCCGCGACAGCUCCCGCAGCUGCAACAGCUGGUGGUGGGCCAUUACCGAAAGCAGGCUCAUUAGCAAGUUCCGAAAGAUUAAUAAAGGCAUUUCUUAAAAAUAAUAAUGUUAAAGAUACACCUAAGGGUGUAAAAUUUCAAAGUAAAACACUUAAUUUUAGUUUUGAUGAUAUGAUUGCAGAUCUUACAAAAAAUGUAACCAAAAAAAAAACAAAUUUAAAUACAGGUCAACAUCAAAAAUUAUUAAGAGAAUUAAAGAAAUUAAAUAUGCCUGUUUCUUAUAUACGCAGUGAAAAUCUUAAAGGUCAAUAUCGUAGUUUAAGUGAGACCGGUGGUGGCGCAUCAACAUCACAAGGAACACCACCACCAGCCUAUGAAACACCACCACCGCCAGGUACACCACAACCCCUAUUUCAAAACUUCCCAACAACGCCGUUAAGUAAGAAAGGACAAAAACGACCCUAUAUGUAA